AUGGCCGGUCUUCAUCGACGGUGGGACCAUGAUCAAACAUUUCGCUUGUCGUACGGUAGUAGCGCUAUAGCCAACCCAGCGCAUCUACCAAAGUCAUGCUCCUUUGGGUCUGGUUCUGCCCGAAUCUCCAUUCUCGUUUCCUCAAGCGCGGAUUAUCAUCCAGCGUCUAGCAGCCGUACCUCGCACAGGUGGUCUCUCUGUUAUGGUGUGAGGGGACUUUAUUUUCAUUCUGAUCUCGUUCGGCGUGAAUCGCUGGUUUUAAACACUGAAAACAGUUCAUCAUAUGUGACAGUCAGUAUUUCUUACGGCUCUUGUCAGAUGCCAGGCAAACCCUGCUCGGGCACUGUGAGCGUCUUGGCUAAAAUGGAUGUUGGAUUUGAUUCAAUAUUCCCAACGGCACCUGAGCGCUAUCAGUCUCUUCGUUUGUGA